AAGUUUCUUCGAUUUUGAGCAACGUUUCAAAGAAGUUAAAGACGAAAUGGCGGAAGGUUUUUGUCAGCGUCAUAGAGAUGUCAAGCUGUUGUUGUUGCUGUCAACUUUCUGUGUUAUCAAGCAGAUGGAGAAGUUUGGGCAAACAACAGAAGUUUUGGAAGCGUGUUUUAAUAUCGUUGUAGCUAAAUCUGAGGCAGUGGCGUCAGCAGCGACAGAGACGCUGUCGACAGCUGCACCAACGAACACGUCAACGGCAGUACUAGCUGCCAAGUGUGUCGCGAUGCUCAUCAACAAAUCGAAAAACGACAACCACAACAGCAACAACAUAGAUACAAUCAUCGAAAGGUAUCAAGAUACAUUAUUGAGAGUCUUUUCUGAAAGUAAGAAAAAAGACCAUGAUGAGAUGAGGUCGAGAUAUUUUGAGAACUGUUUGAUUCUUUGGUCCUGGGUGUCUAAAGCACUCGUUGCCAUGAACCAUCAGUCUCAAACCGUCUUUGCUUUUCAGCUGAUUGACAUGUUGGCCGAACCUGUAUCAUCAUCAUCGUCAUCAAGAACAUUCAGAGUGAGUGACGGAGUAAAGAUAAUAAUGGAUGAGUUCGAUGACGUCAUCAACAUCGAGACCCAUUGCAACCGUCGCUCGGUCAGCAUGAGACAAUUGAACAACAACUUCAACAAAUUAAGCAACAAUUCUUACAAAAACAACAACAAAAACAUCAACAACAACAUCAGCAACAACAACAUCAGCAACAACAACAUCAGCAACAACAACAUCAGCAACAACAACAUCAGCAACAACAACAUCAGCAACAACAACAUCAGCAACAACAACAUCAGCAACAACAACAUCAGCAACAACAACAUCAGCAACAACAACAACAUCAGCAACAACAACAACAACAAAAACAUCAUCAGCAACAACAACAUCAACAUUUUGAGAUUUAUAUAUCAUCCUUGA